AGAGUAUAAAAAGAAACAAGAAAUCGUUGUGGUUAAAAUGACUGGCAAUGUGGGUAAACGGAUUGCGUGGAGCGAACGGGUAACUUUUGAUGGGAAACAUAAAAAAAUCCCUGAGCAAUAUGAGUCACUUAUUGCCUACAAGAAAAACUCUGAAGAAAAAGGAUGGAAGGAUAACGGCAUUCACUGGGACAUGGAUGUGCAACCUCUCAUCUCUUCCUCUAAGUGGCUUCAGCUUCAUGGACUCAAAAGGAACAAGCUGUCCUUUUCUCAGAUUUUAUCCCAAAUUGGAUUUCAGCACAAGGAAGAUUAUGUGUCCAUCUUGGGGAAACUUGUGGCUUCUCGGUAUUCAAACAGGCUGUAUCGUCAGUACACUAAAGCACAAGAUGGAAAGCGGUAUAAUCUAACAGCCAAAAAAGACCUCCUCAUUCAUUUUGUGAAUUGCCUUGCCGUAGCUAUUGAACUGUAUAAACAGAGAAUGGAAUGGCUAACCACUGAAAGCCGACAAAUAUUUGGAGUGAUCCAGGAACAGUCCAUUGCCAUUGUUCUAGAUUUUGGUAUUUCUUCUGCAGCCGAGUUUAAUCUGUGUUGUGAGGCACUUUGUAUGGUCCUCACACAGCAAGUGGCCCAAAUAGCCAAAUUUAAUCUCAUUCGGGUUACUGAAGAUCUUGUGAAGUGGCAGGAGAAUGCUGUUCCUGUGACCGAGUGUUCUAUCAAGGCUGCUGUUGAAUGGCUCUGUAUGUUGGACCACUUGCCAGCUGUUUGCCACACGGGCCCCAUUGAAGCUAUCUUGGAGGCAGUGUGUGAUGAUACGGUAGAAGCUGUGUACUAUUUUGUUGUGGGUGAUUUGCCUGAAUGCAUGAAGCACUUGGUCCUGCAGAAGAUUUCUCAGAGUCCAUGUCCAGUCCAUACAGUAACUUUUAAUGCCAGAGAAGAAGAAACAAUUACUUUCUUAAAGGAGCUGAGUCACCUGACCAGUGGCAGGUUCCAUGCAUUUGCUGAAAGAACGGACUGCAUAGAUAUGACAGAAAUGUCAGUAAAUUGGAACGAGGAUAAGAAAAGCGUGCCUAUUCAGAAUUCAAGAAAACUGAAAGGGAAGUUGCCUCUAGGAGCAGGUGUCAGAGAAGACGUGUUCUUGAUCUGGAAAGAGCUGGAGGAAGCUAGGACUACACAGCUUCAAGUUCAGAGAAUUUUGACAGAGUUUGAAGAGUCUGAAUCAACUAAAGUGACCAAAACUGACUAUUCAGCAUGUGAUGUCCAGGAUUCUGCAAGUUCCAAGAGGUGGCUUCAGAAGAAUGGUUUGAAGGCACAGAAACUGACAGUGACUGAAGCGUUGGGUAAUUCCACCUUUCGUCAUGCGGAUGGGGUUGUUGACAUAAAAACCAAACCAGAGAAUGAAUAUUUGCAAACUGAUGCAGAGACUAACAAGAAAAGAAUCCAUGCGAAAUACUGUGAUAAGUUUAUACAUAUGCACUUGGAAGAUGGGACUACAGUCCAUGUACAUCUUGAUGCUGAAAAGUAUUUGCGAUAUGAAGACAGAAUGAAGAAUGCUCUCGAUCAAAUGGAAAGCAGACUUCAGGAACUGCGAAAAGGGAGCAGAGCGCUCUUUGGGGAUGUAGUUGAAGAUUACAUUUAUAUUCUCAUUGAUACAUCUCACUCAAUGAAAAAUAAAUUGCCACUUGUGAAGGAAAAAAUAUUUCAGCUUGUGCGGGAACAACUACAAAACAAAACUCAGUUUAAUCUUGUUAAAUUUGAUGGUGAAGCAAUAGCUUGGAAAGAAAAACUUGCUGAAGUCAAUGAGCAUAAUUUGAAGGAUGCUUUACUUUGGAUAAAAGGGCUGAAGGUUGGAAGUUCUACAAAUACACUGAAAGCUCUUCAGAUUGCCUUUGAUGACAGUAAAACUCAAGCCAUUUAUCUUCUUACUGAUGGGAGACCUGAUCAGCCUCCCCAAACUAUUUUAGAUCAACUUAAACUUCAGCGGAACAUUCCCAUUCACACAAUUUCCUUCAACUGUGAUGAUACCAGAGCUAAUAAAUUUUUACACGAGUUGGCCAAUGAAACAGGUGGACGUUUUCAUUACUAUCAUAUUUGUUUGAUGGACCCUGAUGCUCCAAAACCUUUUGAGGCAAAAGAUAUAUAUCUUCUUAAGAAAGAGAUUGAACAAGGGGAAAAAGAACUGAAGAAAGUAAACGCCUUCUACACUGACAACGUAUGGAUGGAUUGGUUUAAUGGCUCAAAACAUUGGGAACAUAAACAUCGCAGGCAGGCUUUUACUGCAUCCUCAGUAAGCACACAAGUUGAGGGACUGAAUCCCCCACCUCCAGAUAGGCCAUAUUGUGCCUCUGAAGAGCCGGCAUCAGCUUCACCACAGCCUGUUACAGAUGGACGUCAGACACACUCUGAGAGUCCAACCAGAAAGAAGAAAGCAUUAUAUGCAGAGCAAACCAGGAGCAGUAUGCUCAGAACUCUGCGUUAUGCGACAAAGUCUUUUGAAAGUAGUCCAAAUGGGAGGCCAUCUCCUGAACGAAAGGAGCUGAAGACUCAAAAGCCUGAGAAAAAAAAGAAUAUAGACCCUUUAGAUCUCUCUUCAGUUCAGUGGCUAAGGACUCAUGGUUUGGUUGCUAGGCGACUCACCAUAAUGGAUGCUUUAGCUCCAACAGCUGUUCCUCGCACAGCAAAAUACAUUCCAAUUCUAGACAAACACGUUGUUUCAAAAGUAUUUGAUGACGUCUUCCCCUUUGCUCAUGUGAGCAAUGAUAUGAAAUGUGUGACACUGAUUAAUCCUCAGGCAGUAGAUCUUGAUGCCUACAAGAAGAAGCUGCAAGAAGCAAUAAAAGAAUAUGAAAGGCGCCUCGAUCUAAUUGUCUGGAGAGCAUUAUCUCAGGAGGAGAAAGACAAGUAUGUACAGGACCAUCCAGUCUCAUACCUGGAAAACAAGGAAUCUUUGCUACAGGCUUUGGAACAACUGAAUUGGCCCAUCACCUAUGAAGAUGUGAAGUUGCUGGAAGAUGAGCUUCUGACUGGGCUAUCAUAUAUAGACCAGGCCUCUGAGCUUCAGGAAGCUUCCAAAGAGGAAGCUCGGAGAAUCUGCCCAUUUCAUCUCUGCCACAGUAAAGAGAUACAACAGAAAUUACAAACAAGGCCCCAGGUAAAGAGGAAACAAAAAGGAAAAACGUUCGAUAGUCUUCGAGGUCGAAAGGUCAUUGCAAGAUCAGAAAGCACAGGAUUUUAUUAUCCAGGGACAGUACUAAGGAGCAUCACUUCUUCUUAUGCACUUAUCGAUUUUACCAGUGAGGAGACUGAGAUUGUACCACUGAAGUUCAUUUUGCCUGUGGGAGGAGCAAUGCCUUGCCCAUCUUUGCAGGUUGGUGACUAUGUACUUACUCGAAUUAGGAAACAGUCAGGAGAGGAGUAUUAUGUACCGGGUAUUGUCAUAGCAACACCAAAUAAAGCUGCGGCUGAGGAUAAACUCUACACAGUUUUGAAAUACAACAACAGAAAGGAACAUUGUGUACGAAAUGGGCUUAUUAAAAUCAGCCGUAAAAGGUAUACCUGUUCUUGCUGUUACAUAAACAUGACACAGAUGAUGGAUCAGCUUAUGCCAAAUGUAAAGGUUGUGAAGCACUUCCACAGAGCACUCCCAGCUGAAGAAAAAGAAAUAACAACAGUAACUGUAGGGGGAGAUUGGAAGAAAAAGACGAAGGCUAGAAAAGGGAGAGCUAAGAGCAAGAAAGAGCCCUGCAAGGGAUGGGCUUCCUCUGACUCUGAUGAGAUGCUGUUUGCCCCUAGAAAGACAGCAAAACGCAGAGCAAAGAGUUCAUCACCAUCGCCUUCUAUCAAAGGAAGUGAAGCACCUGCUUAUGGUGAUUCUUCAGCCCCUUUUCGUCCAAGACGUAGAUCUGUGUGGCUUUCUGUAAAGUCUUCAGAGGACAAGCUGCGCAACCGUCUCCAUUGCUCUCGUUGCCUUUCUGAGCACCAGCAAAGCGCCCCCCAGCUUACCAGUGUCGCAGCCAGCAGCAGCAGUGGUAGCAGUAACUGCUCCCUUUCGAGUAUUGAGAAGGUGGAAGAUUUGGCACGACGGCUUCAACAGUACCACAUAGCUCAGAGGAAAGGCCGCCCUCCAGUUGUGAAAAAGGAACAGUGCCAACUGUGAAGGCUGGGGGGAGUAGUUACCAGCUAUAAAACUGUAUCAUAUCAAUGCUAAAUAAACCAUUAAAUUUGAUACUAAAUUUUUAAUAUUAAAAUUGUAAAGUAUAGCACAAUUACUUUGGAGAUGUGUUGGCUGACAUCUUUUAAAAUCUGGCCACACAAACAAAAUCCUACUUUAUCUACAGACCCAGAGUGAAGGAAUCACCUGAGUACAUCAGUGCAGUUCUGCAAGUCUACAAGGAUUGUCCAUCUGCCCCCAUUGCAAUUUGGUUGUGAAUAUUCUUGUAAUGUUUUGCAGUAUAUUUAAUUUGGAUUUAAUUUCUGCUUGCUAAUGUGUGUUUUUUUAAAAAAAAUGUUGCUGUACCCUAGGGUGCAGAGUGAA